AUGGGGUCCUCUCACCGCAAGACUCCUGCUUUCUGGGAGAAUUCAGAUUGCUUGACAUGCUUAUCAAAACUCGAGGACCACUUUAGACGUUGUGGGAGAGCAGGAGAUUAUCGGGAGCUUCUCAACGAGAUCACUGCAUACUGGCGUACGGGCCGAAGCUAUCCUCGAAGAAUGGUUUUCCGAUGUGCAAGUCUACUUCAAGACGUUCCGGAACUCUUCCAGAGUCUCAAUACUCUAUUUUUGGCGGGAGAUGGGGACACUGAGAUUUUUUCUCGUGCAAAUGGCGACGAGAAAGGCCGCCUGGAGAUCGCAAUGGUGGCCUCUCGUGGAAAGGGCUUUCUAUGCUGCGUCCCAGAUGACCCACAAUCCGAUCAACCUGCCUUCAUGAGCUCGGAAGAGCUUAUUUCCUUCCUGGUUUCACACACUUUUUUUGAGUGCACGACAUAUAUGACAACCGUCUCAAAGCGGUGGGCGCCAUUCGUACUGGAGCUAAUCCAGUUGGCCAUCAACGAAACGUUUACGUGUCAGGAUGAGGCGAUGUCCUUUGAUCUUCGAGGAGAGUGUAUAAUGUACAUGCGAUACCUGAGCUGGUCGCAUUGCGUUUUACCAUUUACAUUCUAUCUUCCUGGAGUCUUACGCAGUGGAGAAUAUGCUGUAUCCGGCGGAGGGUUUUCGGAUAUCUGGAAAGGUCGUGUCGGUACACGGCGUGUGUGUAUCAAAGUACUACGCUUUUUUACCCAAUCAUCCAAUAGAGAGGAUAUCAUGAACGAUCUGAUCAGCGAAGUUUUAUUACUACGCCAACUACGACAUCCCAAUAUUCUCCCCUUUCUCGGUAUCAAUGACGAAGUUCUCUCGCCAAGUCUUGCGAUAAUCACACCGUGGAUGCCUCACGGGAACCUAUCCGUCUACUUGAAACAUGUCCCGUGCUCGUUAGGACGGAAGGUUAAGCUGUUACGACAGGUAGUAGAAGGGCUUCGGUAUCUUCAUACACAUUCACCCCCCGUCGUUCACUGUGAUAUCAAAGCUGGGAACAUCCUCGUUUCUGAAGACGAAAUUUGUUGUAUUGGCGACUUCGGACUUUCUAUUCUCCAAAAGACCUCUAAUGAGUUUAGUCCUCCCGCGGUUACCGACAAAGCAGAUAACGAUUCUGGAGUCCGGGGAUCUCUUCGAUGGCUUGCGCCAGAGUUGCUGGGGCCGUAUGCGUUACAUAGCACUUCCGCUUCGAGUACUCGAGAUGUCUAUGCUUUAGGGUGUACUAUCCUUGAGGUCAUCUCCGGAUAUCCACCAUUUUACGACGAGAAGAAUGAAAUCAUGGUCAUACUGGCCGUAUUGGAGGGCCGCCGACCACAAUCGCCUCCCGAUAAGCCUGUCCCUAAUCCAAUCCUGGGUCUAAUGGAGUGGUGUUGGGAAGAAGAUAUGGAUGCUCGCCCUGACGCCCAGAACGUACUGGACACGUUGGACGGUUGGUUGAAAUAUUCUGUUCCUACCGCAAGGCGUGGAGAUAGUUCUCAAUGGGACUGGUUAAUCGAAGAGGAAGAUGAUCUGGACUAUGAUUUACCUCCACUUCUGGACGACGAGCAUCAAAGGAACUUUAACUUAGAGUCCUCCGCCUUGUUUGAUUCGUUGUUCGACGCGAGAGAGCUUUGGGGUCAGGAGACUUGCUCAGAGGAGACAACGGCAAACCGUAUACCGCGGUCACAACCUCCUCGCCUUCCGCGACUCGACGUCACCUCCCAGCCUAGUCCUUCGACGACAUCUAGCUCUGCCGGUUCUGGCCUCACUUCAGCCUCAGAAAGUAACAGCUCAGCCUGGUGGUCCGACGAUGAUGCACCCACGACACCUCACUCUUCGGUGGAUUCCAUCCCCAUAAUUUUGAGCGGAUAUGACUUCGACACCUACCGCUUCGCUCCUGAAUCGACACUCACCACAGUGUCCGAACACAACAUCAAUUCUGGCGUGUCUCGAUUAACGGAGAAAGCUCGUUCGGAACCUGUGGUUAAGUUUAGACCACCGAGAGGAAGCGUCUGGCAUAAUCGAGAAUUGCAGAGUGCUUGGAACUGGUAUAUGGACAGGCGAUUUAUGAGUGGAAUGGUGUGA